CGGGGGAAGGACUAAGGCGCCCGGUGGCGAGCAGACAGACCAGAACCAGCUGAAGGACAUAACACUGUGCCAUGCUUCGCGAUGUCCUAGGAAAAACCUUUCGCUUUCUCGGGUACACUGUGCAGUAUGGCUGCAUAGCACAUUGUGCCUUUGAGUACCUUGGAGGAAUUGUUGUGUGUUCUGGACCUUCAAUGGAACCAACCAUUCAAAAUUCUGAUAUUGUCUUUUCGGAGAACCUUAGCCGCCACUUUUAUUGCAUUCGAAAAGGAGAUAUUGUAAUUGUGAAAAGCCCAAAUGACCCCAAAUCAAAUAUCUGUAAAAGAGUAAUUGGCUUGGAAGGGGAUAAAGUCUGCACAAGCAACCCUUCAGAUUUUCUUAAGAGUCACAGCUAUGUGCCUAAAGGACAUGUCUGGUUAGAAGGUGAUAAUCUUAGGAAUUCUACAGAUUCCAGGUGCUAUGGGCCUGUUCCUUACGGACUGAUAAGAGGACGCAUUUGUUUUAAGAUAUGGCCUCUGAGUGACUUUGGAUUUCUACGUGCAAGUCCCAAUGGCCAUAGGUUUCAUGAUGACUAAAAGACUUAAGUGACUGUUGCCAGCUGUCAUCAUAUUUUCUACUGAAAUCAAUGGAACUAUUUUUGUUUAGAAUAAACACAAGUGUUACUUGAUGAAGAUGUCUCCUCCUUUUGAUUACAUCUGACUUCAAAGUAGGAGUGAUAUACUGCUC